AUGCGUUACUCCGCCAUCACCCUCGUUGCCCUUACGGCGACAUCAACUUCGGCCUUCUCCCUAUGGCCUCGCCAAAGCUCUAGCUGUCCUUCCGUCUGGACUGCCGUCGCCACCGAGCUUCAAGCCGACUUUGCUGGUUGUGGCGCGGAUGCUCACCAAGCCCUCCGUGCCCCCUUCCACGACUGCAUCAACAAUGGCUGUGACGGCAGUCUCGUUCUCACAGACGAGUGUGGAAGAUCAGAGAACGCCGGUCUUUCAGCUAUCUGCACGAAGCUCAAGGACUGGAGCGACAAGUACCAAGUCAGCGCAGCAGACAUGAUCCAAUUCGCCGGCGCACAAGCAAUCGCCGCGUGCCCGCUCGGCCCCAGAGUGCAAGCACUAGUUGGCCGCAAGGACAGCUCGAACGCUGCGCCUGUCGGAAGUGUACCCAGCAGCCGUGGCACCCUCGAGAGCAUCUUGGGAGCCUUUGCUGCGAAGGGCUUCUCAUCCGACGAUGUCGUUGCUCUCAUGGGUGCGCACAGUGUGGCAGUCCAGUUUCACGACGACCCAUCGCAAGCCGGAAAGGGUCUUGACUCGACACCUUUCCGAUACGACAACACCUUCUACCAAGAGACCAAGGACCGCAAGGCCCCUUACAGUCUCCAAAGCGAUCUUCUCAUGUCGAACUCUUCAGAGACAUCAACCAUCUGGUCCAACUUCGCUGAAGACGCGAACAGCUGGUCUACCGCCUUCACUAGCGCGUGGGACCGAUUCGCCGUCAUUGGAAGCGACGCCAGCAAGCUCCAAGAUUGCUCGAGCUUGGUCCCCAAUGGCUUCGUGACCACGAAGAGGCAGGCGUUCAACAUGGCUUUCACUAAGAAGAUGAGCGCCAAGUUCAGGUUUGGACGAAAGCGCCCAAGUGACAUCAGUCAAGAUAACGCCACUUCUGCUACCGCAAGCACGCGUGGGAAGCGGGCUCGUAAAGAGAUCGUUAACGACAAGUCUCCUCUCCUCAAUCUCCCUGGAGAAUUGAGGAAUCGUAUCUACGGAUACGUUAUAGCCGACACAAAAGAGUACAAGAGUGGCAAAACACGCGACAAGUAUUAUAGGUCAACAUCCAACGCCAGACCCAUCGUCCUGAAGUACACUUCUAUCAAGGCAGCAAAGCGCUACAAGACGGCAAAACAAUGGGUCAGUGCUCAUAGACGACGCCACUACUUUGGUCUUACCCAGGCCUGUCGCUUGCUCCGCCACGAGUUCCGUCCGCUCUACCUCGAAGAACUGUCUUUUGGGAUCAAGUCAGGUCUUGGUCAGUUCCUUGUAAUCUUUGGACACAACGACGAAAUCCAGGCUAUGGGUCACCACAUCUUCAGCAUUAUGAGCAAUUCUCUGCCGCACGAUGGUAUAGACAUCCUAGCUGUCUUGAAGAAGAUGUCUGAUCUCAAGAUGCCACGACUCCUGUUCCGCUACGAGAUUUACUCGGGUCGGGGACCUUGGAACAUCAACGAUCUGUUUCUUACGUUGGUAUCACGCAUGCAUUCUCUUAUAAACCCUGUUGUCGAGGGUUUCGAUCUCACCAGUAUUACGAUCUUCAAGGACCUAGAGUGUCGUGGCUCUGAACAGCGCAGUAAGCCAUCGCUGCGAAUGAACCUGGACAACAAAGACUUUUCCUCGUGGAGCCAAGAGGUGAGAGAGAGCCACAUGAAGACUUUGAUCAGGCAUGCUGGUAUGGAGCAUAUUGAUGGCAUCCGUACAACAGUCUGCUGUGACGGUCGAAGCUAUCUGUGGUAUAUUCCUGGCAUCAUAUACGAUGACUGGCAUGCCUCAGAAAUGCGAUUGCUUUCGGAGGAGACUGACUAG